ACCGGCCACAGUGUCUGCUGUGUGCUGCUGCCAUCCGUGGUGUUGCUGGUCUGUGCAGAAGGACGAUGGCAUUCUGGACGCAGCUGGGGUUGCUGCUAUGGAAGAAUUUCACCUGUCGGAGAAGACAGACGUUCCAGCUGCUGAUUGAAAUUGCCUGGCCCCUGUUUAUCUUCUUUAUAUUGACAUCUGUGAGACUAUCUUAUCCGCCCUAUGAACAACAUGAAUGUCACUUUCCAAAUAAAGCCAUGCCUUCAGCUGGAACAUUGCCUUGGGUCCAGGGGAUUAUCUGUAACGCCAACAAUCCAUGCUUCCGCUACCCAACACCUGGGGAGUCACCGGGCAUUGUUGGGAAUUUCAACAAAUCUAUUGUUUACCGAUUGUUCUCGGAUGCCAAACGGUUGCUAUUGUAUAGCCAGAAAGACACCAGCAUUAAGGACGCACAGAAACUAGUGGGAAAGCUACAGACAGCCGGGAAGUCUGCGUCAGGAGUCAAACUCCGGGAUUUCCUGGUUGCCAAUGAGACGUUCUCUGACUUCCUCCAUUGGAAUACUUCCCUACCAAGAUUUGCAGUGGAUGAAAUACUGAACUCUAAGGUCAAUCUUGAAAGGAUCAUUACAUCUGGCUACCAGAUGAGGAUGAAAGACCUUUGCAAUUCAACAAAGCUGUCUGAGUUUCUUAUGAUCUCAAACCCAGCAGUAGCCAUGGCCAGUGAUGCGUUGAUUUGCCUCAUGCCCAAGGAUAAACUUGCUUCUGCAGAGAAGGUGUUCCAGGCUAACCUAGACAUUGUAAAGCCAUUUAUGAAAGGGAUCACCGCCAACUCCACUUUACAGGGUCUGAAAGAAGCUGCAGAGACUUUGUUGGAGAGCCUCGGAAAGCUCCUGAAAGAGCUUGUGACCAUGAAAAGCUGGAGUGACAUGAGGCAGGAAGUAUUGUUUUUGAGCAAUGUGAACCACACGAGUUCUUCUGCUGAAAUCUACCAAGCAGUGUCCCGUAUUGUUUGCGGCCAUCCAGAAGGAGGGGGAUUGCAAAUCAAGUCUCUCAAUUGGUUGGAAGACAAUAAUUACAAAGCCAUCUUUGGUGUCAAUAGCACAGAUGAAGAGGGAGCUGAUUUCUAUGAUAACUCCACAACACCCUACUGCAAUGACCUCAUGAAGACUCUGGAAUCCAAUCCACUUUCCCGCAUUAUAUGGAGAGCCUUGAAGCCUUUACUUGUAGGAAAAGUCUUGUAUACACCUGACACACCAGCAACGAGGGCAGUGAUGUCCGAGGUAAACAAGACAUUCCAGGAGCUAGGCGUCUUCCGUGAUCUCGGAGGGAUGUGGGAAGAGAUAAGACCGAGGAUACUGACUUUCAUGGAGAAAAGCCAGGAAAUGGACGUGGUUCGGACUUUACUGAAAAACAAGGACCUCUGGCACCACUACUUGGAAGGUUCAAACUGGACAGUCGAGGACGUUGCUGUGUUCUUGGCAAGAUACCCAGAGGAUGUCCAACCGGUGAAUGGCUCAACCUACUCGUGGAGGGAUGCUUUCAAUGAGACAGAUCGUGCUGUUAUGACUAUUUCCCGAUUCAUGGAGUGUGUCAAUUUGGACAAGCUGGAAGCUGUGCCAAAUGAGGUGCGUCUUAUCAACAAGUCCAUGGAGCUGCUGGACCAGAGGAGAUUUUGGGCAAGCAUCGUCUUCCCUGAAGUUGCUCCUGGCAGUACAAAGUUGCCCCACCAUGUCAAGUACAAGAUACGGAUGGACAUAGACAAUGUCGAAAGGACAAACAAAAUUAAGGACGGGUUCUGGGACCCAGGUCCUCGAGCUGACCCCUUUGAAGACAUGCGCUAUGUCUGGGGAGGCUUUGCAUACCUACAGGAUGUGGUGGAGCAAGCAAUCAUCCGGUCUCUAACAGGCUCCGAGAAGAAAACAGGCGUGUAUAUCCAGCAGAUGCCGUACCCAUGUUAUGUGGAUGACAUAUUCCUGCAUGUCAUGAGCCGAUCGAUGCCUCUUUUCAUGGUUCUGGCUUGGAUUUACUCUGUGGCAUUAAUCAUCAAAGGGAUCGUGUAUGAGAAGGAAGCCCGACUGAAAGAGACCAUGAGGAUCAUGGGCCUUAACAACGGCAUCCUUUGGCUCAGCUGGUUCAUCAGCAGCCUCAUCCCUCUCCUCUUGAGCGCUGGGCUCUUGGUGCUGAUCCUCAAGAAUGGGAAUCUGCUGCCCUACAGUGACCCCAGCGUGGUGUUUGUCUUCCUGUCCAUCUUUGGUGUGGUGACCAUCAUGCAGUGCUUCCUCAUCAGCACUUUGUUCUCGAGGGCCAACAUGGCGGCAGCUUGCGGAGGAAUUAUCUACUUCACUCUCUACUUGCCCUAUGUUCUGUGCGUCGCCUGGCAGGAUUAUGUUGGCUUCUCUCUCAAGAUAUUUGCUAGCCUGCUUUCUCCUGUGGCCUUUGGGUUUGGCUGCGAAUACCUCUCCCUGUUUGAAGAGCAGGGCGUUGGAGUGCAGUGGGAGAACAUCCUUCAAAGCCCCGUAGAAGACGACAGCUACAACUUGACCACUUCUUGUUACAUGAUGAUGUUGGAUGCUUUGCUGUACGCGAUCAUGACUUGGUACAUUGAGUCCGUCUUCCCAGGCCAGUAUGGCAUUCCCAGGCCGUGGUACUUCCCCUUCUUGAAGAGCUAUUGGUGCGGUGAAGAAUCCGAACAGCAUCAGCUCCCUUCUAUCCGCACGGGGUCAUCUGAAAUCUGUGUAGAAGAAGAGCCAAGCCAUCUCAGCCUUGGAGUAUCCAUUCAGAGUCUGGUGAAAGUUUAUCGUGAUGGCAAGCGUCGGCCAUUUAGGAUGGCCCUCAUCACGCCUUUGAAUUUCUCCGUAUGAAGGCGGCAGAUCAUCCUCCCUUCCUGGGGCUCACCGCCAACGCGAGCCGGGAAAACGUAACCAACGUCCAUAUUGACGGGAUUGUUUCCACCAACCUCCGGCACGGCUUUUAUCCUGGGCAAAGACAUUCGCUCUGAACUCAGCAGCAUUCGGCAGAAUCUGGGUGUCUGCCCUCAACACAACGUCUUGUUUGAUGAGCUGACGGUGGAGGAGCACAUCUGGUUUUAUGCACGCCUGAAGGGACUAUCAGAAAAACUGGUGAAAACAGAGAUGGCGCAAAUGGCUACAGAUGUUGGCCUGCCUCACAAGCUGAAAUCAAAGACGAGCAAACUCUCCGGUGGCAUGCAGAGGAAGCUUUCGGUCGCGCUGGCCUUUGUAGGUGGCUCCAAAGUGGUCAUCCUGGAUGAGCCGACGGCAGGCGUCGAUCCUUACUCUCGCCGAGGGAUUUGGGAGCUGCUUUUGAAAUAUCGCCACGGCCGCACUAUCAUUCUCUCCACGCACCAUAUGGACGAGGCAGAUAUCCUCGGAGACCGGAUAGCCAUCAUAUCUCAUGGCAAACUGUGCUGCGUUGGCUCUUCGCUGUUUCUGAAGAAUCAGCUUGGGACAGGCUACUAUCUGACCUUAGUCAAAAAGGACGUGGAUUCUUCACUGAGCUCUUGCCGAAUGUCAGAUAAUUUAAAAAGUUAACUCUUUUGUAACUAGGAUGACAGCGUCUCCCAGAGCAGCUCCGAUGCUGGACUCGGCAGUGACCACGAAAGUGACACUUUAACAAUCGAUGUGUCUGCGAUCUCCAAUCUUAUCAUGAAGCAUGUCCCUGAAGCAAAGCUGGUAGAGGAUAUUGGCCACGAGCUCACCUACGUUUUGCCGUACCAAGCCGCCAAGGAGGGUGCUUUCGUGGAGCUGUUUCACGAGAUCGACGACCGGCUCUCUGACCUGGGCAUUUCCAGUUACGGCAUUUCUGAGACCACUUUGGAGGAGAUAUUUCUCAAAGUGGCAGAGGAUAAUGGCGUGGAUGCAGAGACCUCAGAUGGCACUUUACCUGCUAGAAGAAAUCGACGUCCCUUUGGAGACCGGCAGAGCUGCCUCCGCCCAUUCACAGAAGAUGAUGCUUUGGACUCCAACGAUUCUGACAUAGAUCCAGAAUCCCGAGAGACAGACCUGCUGAGUGGGAUGGAUGGCAAAGGAUCCUACCAGAUGAAGGGCUGGAAGCUGACUCAACAGCAGUUUGUCGCUCUGCUCUGGAAGAGGCUCCUGAUCGCCAGGCGCAGCAGGAAGGGGUUCUUUGCCCAGAUUGUUCUCCCCGCUGUCUUUGUUUGCAUCGCUCUCAUGUUCAGUCUGAUUGUGCCACCCUUUGGUAAAUAUCCCAGCUUGGAACUGCAACCGUGGAUGUAUGAUGAGCAGUACACAUUUAUCAGCAAUGAUGCUCCAGAAGACGCUGGGACUCAGGAACUUUUGAACACUCUCCUGGGUGAACCUGGUUUUGGGACUCGCUGUAUGAAAGGAUACUCCAUCCCAGAUACUCCUUGCUCUGAGGGAGAACCAGACUGGACCAUUAGCCCCGUGCCCGAGUCGGUCAUGGAGAUCUUCCAGAAUGGCAACUGGACGAUGGAGAAUCCUUCCCCAUCCUGCAUGUGUAGCAAUGACAAGAGCAAAAAGAUGCUUCCCACGUGUCCCCCAGGGGCCGGUGGGCUGCCGCCUCCCCAGAGAAUACAGAAUACGAUGGACAUCCUCCAGAACUUAACAGGACGCAACAUCUCUGAUUACCUGGUGAAGACUUACACGCAGAUCAUUGGGAAAAGUUUGAAGAGUAAGCACUGGGUGAAUGAAUUCAGGUAUGGAGGAUUUUCACUGGGAGCUAGUAGUUCUCUGGUGCUUCCUCCAAAGCAAGAAGUGAAUGACGCCAUCCGACAAGUGAAGAAGAUUUUGGAACUGGCCAAGGGCAGUUCUGGAGAACGUUUCCUUAAUAAUCUGGGGAGCUUCAUGAAGGGACUGGACACAAACAAUAACGUCAAGGUGUGGUUCAAUAACAAGGGCUGGCAUGCAAUUGGCUCCUUUCUCAAUGUGGUCAACAACGCAAUUCUCCGGGCUAACCUGAAGGAGGGAGAGGACCCCAGUACCUAUGGCAUCACAGCUUACAACCACCCGCUGAACCUCACCAAGCAGCAGCUGUCUGAAGUUGCCUUGAUGACCACCUCAGUGGACGUUUUGGUCUCCAUCUGCGUCAUCUUUGCCAUGUCCUUUGUCCCGGCCAGCUUUGUGGUUUUCUUGAUCCAGGAGCGAGUCAGCAAGGCCAAGCACUUGCAGUUCAUCAGUGGGGUGAAGCCAUUUAUCUACUGGCUGGCCAACUUUGUCUGGGAUAUGUGCAACUAUGUGGUUCCUGCCACUUUGGUCAUUAUCAUCUUCAUCUGCUUCCAACAGAAGGCCUACGUGUCUUCAACCAAUCUGCCGGUGCUUGCUCUUCUCCUCUUGCUCUAUGGGUGGUCCAUAACUCCUCUCAUGUACCCAGCAUCCUUUGUGUUCAAGAUUCCUAGCACUGCAUAUGUGGUACUGACCAGUGUGAACCUCUUCAUUGGGAUCAACGGGAGCGUGGCCACUUUUGUCCUUGAGCUUUUCACCAACAAUAAGCUGAACAACAUCAAUGACAUCCUGAAGUCGGUCUUUCUCAUCUUCCCCCACUUCUGUCUGGGCCGUGGGUUGAUCGACAUGGUGAAAAACCAAGCCAUGGCAGAUGCUCUGGAAAGGUUUGGUGAGAACCGCUUUGUUUCCCCCCUCUCCUGGGACCUGGUGGGACGCAACCUUUUUGCCAUGGCUGUGGAAGGUGUCGUCUUCUUCCUCAUCACGGUGCUCAUUCAGUACAGGUUCUUUAUCAAACCCAGGUCUGUCUCUGCCAAGCUUCCACCUGUGCAUGAUGAAGAUGAGGAUGUGAACAGAGAGAGGCAGAGGAUCAUUAGCGGUGGUGGACAGAGUGACAUCUUGGAAAUCAAGGAGCUGACGAAGACAUACAGAAGGAAACAGAAAGCAGCUGUGGACAGGAUCUGUGUUGGGAUUCCACCUGGGGAGUGCUUUGGUCUCCUUGGCGUGAAUGGAGCUGGCAAAUCCUCUACUUUCAAGAUGUUGACUGGAGAUACUGAUGUUACAGGAGGGGAUGCUUUUCUGAAGGGAAACAGCAUCUUGUCAAACAUCCAAGAGGUCCAUCAGAAUAUGGGAUACUGCCCUCAGUUUGAUGCCAUUACUGAACUGCUGACAGGGAGAGAACACCUGGAAUUCUUUGCAUUGUUAAGAGGCGUUCCUGAGAAGGAGGUUUGCAAGGUUGGAGAAUGGGCUGUUCGGAAACUGGGACUUGUGAAGUAUGCAGAAAAAUGUGCCGGCUUGUACAGUGGCGGGAACAAGCGCAAGCUUUCCACAGCAAUGGCCCUGAUUGGGGGGCCUCCCGUGGUGUUCCUGGAUGAGCCAACUACUGGGAUGGAUCCCAAAGCACGUCGUUUCCUUUGGAACUGUGGCUUGAGCAUCAUCAAAGAGGGAAGAUCAGUUGUCCUCACGUCCCACAGCAUGGAAGAGUGUGAGGCCCUGUGCACCCGAAUGGCGAUCAUGGUCAACGGGCGGUUCAGGUGCCUGGGCAGCGUUCAGCACCUGAAGAACAGAUUUGGUGACGGCUACACCAUAGUGGUGCGGAUAGCAGGGGCAAACCCGGACUUGAAACCUGUUCAGGACUUCUUUGAGCUUGCCUUUCCUGGCAGCGUGUUGAAGGAGAAGCAUCGCAGCAUGCUGCAAUAUCAGCUCCCGUCCUCUCCGUCUUCGCUGGCUAGGAUAUUUAGCAUCCUCUCCCAGAACAAAAAGAGACUCCACAUAGAAGACUACUCCGUUUCCCAGACCACACUUGACCAAGUAUUUGUAAACUUUGCCAAGGACCAAAGCGACGACGACCACAAAGACUUGUCUUUGCACAAAAAUCAGACUGUGGUAGAUCUUGCGGUUCUGUCCUUUUUACAAGACCAGAAGGUGAAAGAAAGCUACGUAUGAACUGCCCUUCUGGGGAAAACGGUGAGGUUGCAGUAGUGCCGAGCAGAAAGGGCAAGAAGGGAUCUUCCCAAGAGACAGAGACUACAGAGAGGAAGAAGAGAAUUAACUGGACAUUCUACUGGUAACCAUUCAAUGCAAUGCAAUUCAAUGCAAUGAAAACAAUAUUCCAUUCCAGAGGCUGUGCCUCGUGGAGAAGUUGCCUUGUCGUACUGUUCCCUCGUGAAAGACUUGAAUCUAGUUGUUUCUUACGUUAUAACUCUGUGAAAUUCUAGAAUGGGGGCCUCUCGGCGCCCGUCCCUGUGGUCUUUUGCCAUACUCCCGUGUGUUUUCACUUAGUACAGACUUUCUCUUUUGGUUCUCGGCCAGUGAUUAUUUAUUUACAAUGUUAAUGCUUGGGUGCUACAUCCAUUGCCGGCAAUGAAUGCCCCCAACACAAUCGGCUAGUGUCUGCAGGCAUUCACCAAUAAUAACAAUGCAUUGCUGCGGUGGCCUUUAUUUAAAGUACCAACCAUUGGCCUGCGUGCAACCUAUGCGCUAACGCUGCAGGAGGGUUGCAGAAAGCCGCAUCGGAUCUACCCGGUGUGGACCCUGGACCGCAGGGGUCAGCCUCCAAGCGCACCAUUAAUAACUCUGACGAUCACCGGUGAUCCACAGUACAGUGUUUUGUGUUGGGUUGUGGCAAAGUUGACUCUCAACCAUGUGUACAGCUGUGAGGAUUUCCAUCCCACUGGUAUGGUGACCAAUCGCUUAUUGCUCCGUUAGGUUUUUGUGGAGCUGCUGCUGCUUCUAGCUUUGUUUCUUAGGCUCGUGUUUGAUGUGCCUGUUUCCAUUGCGACAGUAUUAUUUAUGUGACUCAUCAGCUUGUCUAGACCGGCUGUCCUCAACUACCAUUUCAACAAAAAAAACUAUACCACUAUGCCUGUAUUGCCACUUUGUUCUGCUUAAAUGUGUGGAUCCAGUUCACCAUCAUUGGUGCAAAUGUGGAAACGUUCCUGUUCUAGCAGUCGCCACGACCCUGUUUUUGAUUACCGGAAAGUUCACCACUUUUUUUUGAGGAGUUUCCCUUUAAAAGGCCAACCAUAGAGCCGUCGCCUCUUACCGAAAACAGUGGAUGCUGCGUUUGAAUGCAUGUUUGAAAAAAAAAGGGGGGGAUGGCAGCUGUUGUUUCUCCUGUCCUCUCCAGUCUUGCCUUGUCCUCCGACUCAUAGAGCCAGCAUUAGGGUGUCGGAUUAAAAUCUGGGAGGCCCAGGUUCGAAUCCACACUGCACCGUGGGAGCUUGCUGGGUGACCUUGGGCCAGUCACAAACCCUCUCAGCCUAACCAACCUCACAGGGUGGUUGCUGGCAGGGUACAACGGAGAAGGAAAAGAACAAUCUUGCAAGCCACUUUGGUUCCCCAUUGAGGAGAAAAGUAGGGCAUGAAUAAAAUUAGUAAAUAAAACACGGCCCACACUCGCUGGGCCUUGUAGAAGAACAUCAGCUGAUCUCGCCCUUCAAUUAGGGAUGUAAACAGCAGCAUUCAGUGUAGAUGGUAAGAAGGGGCAACUCCAAGCCACUGAUUGGCUAACUUCUUGUUAACUCUGAUAUAGACCAGCUCACUUUUCGUUGUCUGUUGCGACUGGUUAUUUGGGAAAGCAGAAUCAUGUUAUCACAUUAAAAAAGGGAGAGUCUGGCAAGUGCUUAGCAUACAAAAUGCUUGAGGGUACCACAGGGAGAAGCGAGAAAGCUGUGAGAUUUAUUUGAUUGCUCUUUGUAACACUUGAGUACCUUUUUUUCCCUCUUCGAAACAGAUGGUAUUUGCCAAAUACUUUUGGCUCAGCAACAUCAGCAGGGUCUCGGAAUCACCCCAGCAAAGGGUCAGUUGCUACUUAAAAAUCAAUGGGUUACAAAACCGGAAGUGAACCCCGUUGAGCUCAGUGACUUACAUCUCGGUUUCUGGAAUGUAUCCAAAUUCCGUUGCUACCUCCACAAGCCUUAACUAUCCCUCCUACCUCCCUCACAAAACGUAUGCCGUUUUCACAUUUGAAAAUCUGAGCAGAUGUAGCUGCUAACCUACAGCAAUCAUUGCGAAUUGUUCGCUGUGUUCAAACACUGUCAGACAAUCUUGGUAUACAGGAAAUCUGUUUGUCUGAAUGGUCCACGCGUAUGUCUUAAUUCAGGAAAAGCAAGAGGCUCACCCUUCCAGCUUCUUUGGAAAUGCUUUAAAGACACGUUGUUUGAAGGGACACGCAGUUAAAAGUUCUCAUUACAAUCUCGUUACAAUCAACUCCCUCCAUUUCUUUCUCAGCCACAGCACCUAGUUAGCAGUGACUGUGCCCCUAUUGCAGGGGUCUGCAACCUGCGGCUCUCCAGAUGUUCGUGGACUACAAAUCCCAUCAGCCCCUGCCAGCAUGGCCAAUUGGGAAUUGUAGUCCAUGAACAUCUGGAGAGCCGCAGGUUGCAGACCCCUGCCCUAUUUAAAGCAAAUAGGACCUAUGUCAGUCAUGGCUAACUUGUUCUGUGAAUUCUGAAAUUAGGUAGAUCAGAUGUAACUGCUGCUGGAUUCUGAGGUCAGAUAACUAGCUGAGCCCUUCUCCAUGUACUGUUAGUUCACCCAGGAGCAGUUCUCUAUGGUGCCUAGAGGGAGCCCUGCCCCUAUGAUGUCAAGGUACCAUCUAAGCCAAAUCAAGCACUUUUCAAGUCACAUUGCUUUCAAAGGGAAAUCAAACACAUGCUUAAGCCUUCUGCACGCAUGAGUGGAACUCAGAAUUGCUUCCUGAUGGGGAGGGAGAGGGAGGGGGGAUCAGCUGGGCUGACUUAGAUCCUUUCAUGAAAAGAGGUACUGGAAAUGAAGUCCCAAAUAAUUAUAAGCCAUUUAAAACACUUUUUUCUUUAAAGCAGGAUGUAUGGUAAGGAAAAAAAUCGUGCUCUUGAAACCACUAAUUAUGGAUUUUCAUUGCAAACAUUUACCACUGAAAUGUGCAUGCAGUGAAAUUGUUGCAUCACAGUCUGAAUAUCUGUACUUGUGGGGGGGAGCUCAGUUGUAUUAACACUUUUUUUUACAAGCUUAUUGCGAUUACUUAAUGGAUUUCUGUACUUUUCCUUCUACUCUGGUUCCUCGUCCCUCCCCAUUAAUAUGUUGGUCCUUCAUUCCAAGCACUUUAUGCUAGCUGUAAGGAGAUCCAUUUUUUGCACUGGAAUACCCUAUUAAAACUUUGCAAAAAUCUAGAGCAGUUUCACAGGGGAGAAAAAAAAUUAAGUUAAAAAAAAUCUUUCAAUUGACAUUUUCAUGAGAAAAAUAUAUAUUUGUAUUGCUAAUAUUUGUGAUGCAUUCAUAGGCAUUUGUUAAUUGCCUUGUAUUAAGUAAAUAAAGCUUUUUGUUGGUCAA